AUGGAUGCUCUUGAUAAAGCUAAUCAGGGUGCCGGCCCUGCUCUGCUUCAAUUUGCAUUAGGCGUGCCGAUGAGCAAUGAUUCUCGGAUCACAAAGCCGGAUAGUCCGAGCCAAUCUCGCCCUGGCCGAUGUAACACCGUUCCUCCCUUCGGCCCUCCAGCAGAUCAUCAUAGCCAACAUGGGGAACAGCGAUCCUUGACGCAGUUUGAAACGACUUUCGAGGAUCCAGCUGCAGCUAGAAUUGGCUCCAAGACAUCGGGGGACUCGAGUCUUGAUCCGGAGAGCCUUUCUUCCCUUGUGCAAGGUGCCCAGUAUUUAGAAUCAAUUAUAGGGAAUUCACCUACCGCGAUAGAGAUUGAUCAGAAUGUUCGGUCUGCGGUCAAGGCUGUGGAAAGUCUUGCUAAAGCUGGCAUAGACAAUGGCUGGUUUCCCUGUUUACGUUCGGAACGGCCCUGUUCCUGCAAGCAUCACUCUCCUUCCGCGACACGUACCAAGCGUGAAGAACGGGCUGCACGCAAAGCUAUCCUCGACCAGGCCGCAAGAGAUAGCCCUGACAAGGAUGGUAAACCGUUACCCGCGCACAGGGUGCUUGCGGGUUAUGCUCGCAGAGAGUUUCCACUUAGCGGCCAAAUGGCAGUCAUCCAUGAAUUGGAAAGAAAAUCUGGAUGUAAAGAGUGUCAACGGGCUCGCUUGUGGUGCAUCACUGUUGAGCAGGACAAGUUCUGGAACAGGAAUCAAUGUGUGGAGUGUGUGCAGCGAAAGAGCAUGUGUAGUUUGGACACAUCGAAAAGUGUUCGUCCUUUCUCUCCUUUUCCAAGUGAUCCCCCCCUCUCAGUCGAACCCAUAGCCUACCCCGAUCGCUCCGUUUCCUAUCUCCACAUCCAAUCCCUCGGUCCCAAUGUCAUCUCUCCCAUACUCGCUCUUGUGGCCCCAGCUCUUUUCGCCGGCACCCAUCUACACGAUACUCGGCAGCACCAUACGUCUCUUAAACGCAGCACGCCACUCCCUCAUCAACGUCAACAACCUCACCAAGGUCUUCGUGAAUCCAGACGGCAUAUCAUCCGAGUCCCACGCGGCCGGCGCAGGACAGCAAGCCGGGGAGACGGAAAAAGUGACAGCACACGGGCCAGAUCCUUCUCUUCCUACACGUCGCCAUCUCCAACCUCUUCAUCAUCGUGA